ACAAACUGGUUCAAGCCAAUGUUUUUGUCGGCUUGUAUAUUGAAGAGUCAAAUUAUUUAGUUAAGCCACUAAAAGUUACAUUACACUUUAGUGCAGACAUACGAUAUAGGCGAGGAUGCACCUGUGUAGGGCCAAACAAUCCAAUAGAUAGGGGGUAACACCUUUUUAACAGGACUGCUCACAUGCAUCCAGAGGACCAGAAGGUGCGCGCAACUUUGACCAAGGAUGGACUUGUCUGCACAGGUAUCCAACUGGCUUUCUUUCGCCAUCUGCGCCUUGCUAUCAUGGAGCUAUGCACGCGCUCGAGAGCCUGUCUGUCAGGAGAUUUCGGUGCCGUUAUGUAGAGGGAUCGGCUACAACUACACGUACAUGCCCAACCAAUUCAACCACGACACUCAGGAUGAGGCUGGACUGGAGGUGCACCAGUUCUGGCCGCUCGUGGAGAUCCAGUGUUCUCCGGACCUGCGCUUCUUUCUUUGCAGCCUGUACACGCCCAUCUGCCUGAAGGACUACAAGAAGCCACUGCCACCGUGCAGGAGCGUGUGUGAACGGGCGAAAGCAGGGUGCGCGCCUUUAAUGCGCCAGUAUGGUUUCCCGUGGCCGGAUCGAAUGAGUUGCGACUUACUGCCCGUGCAGGGAGAUCUAAAUACUUUGUGUAUGGACUACAACAGGACUGAAUUUACUACAACUUCAUCGGCUGCUGCAAAGCCAACGAGGCACCCGGGAAAACCAAGCAACAGAAGAAAUAAAAGCAAUAAUGGACGCGCACUGGGUGGCCAACAUAGAUCAGGGUCGUCUACAUGUGACCCGGAAUGUCACUGUCGGGCACCUUUGGUGACGGUGAGCAGUGACCGGAAUCCCCUGUUCAAUCGGGUGAAAACGGGACAGAUUCCGAAUUGCGCAAUGCCGUGCCACAAUCCGUACUUUUCUCAGGAGGAAAGGACCUUCGCCACGUUUUGGAUAGGAAUGUGGUCGGUUCUGUGUUUCGUGUCCACGUUUGCCACCGUGGCCACGUUUCUGAUCGACAUGGAGAGGUUUAAAUAUCCCGAACGCCCGAUAAUCUUCCUCUCCACUUGCUACAUGUUCGUGUCCGCCGGCUACAUCAUCAGACUCAUCGCUGGGCACGAAAGAGUCGCGUGCAACCAAGACUACGAGGUGGAUCAUAUUCGCUACGAAACAACGGGUCCCGCGUUAUGCACCCUGGUGUUUCUGUUAAUCUACUUUUUUGGGAUGGCGAGCUCCAUCUGGUGGGUCAUUCUUACAUUUACGUGGUUCCUCGCGGCUGGGAGGAAGUGGGGAAACGAGGCUAUUGCGCGGUACUCGCAGUAUUUCCACUUGGCGGCGUGGCUCAUUCCGAGUGUAAAGUGCAUCACUGCGCUUGCGCUGAGCUCGGUGGACGGGGACUCAGUAGCGGGUAUUUGCUACGUGGGAAAUCAAAAUUUGGAUAAUUUGCGGGGAUUUGUGCUUGCGCCACUGGUGAUUUAUCUUGUGAUGGGAACCGUGUUUUUAUUGGCCGGAUUCGUGUCUAUGUUUCGGAUACGGAGUAUCAUUAAACAAGGAGGCGCCAAGGCGGACAAACUGGAGAGACUGAUGGUCAGGAUAGGCAUAUUUACUGUGCUGUACACGGUCCUCGCCACUGUCAUCGUGUCAUGUUAUGUUUACGAACUGUAUAAUCGCGAGGCGUGGGAAAACGCGCAUGCUUGUUCCUGUGCGUCAGAGAAAAGCGCACAGAGACCGGACUAUGGCGUGUUAAUGCUUAAAUACUUUUUGUGCCUUUUAGUUGGUAUCACGUCCGGUGCGUGGACGUGGUCCUGGAAAACUCUGGACUCGUGGCGCUCUCUGUGCGCGCGGCGCUACGGCGGUAAGGGCACGAGUGGGUCGGUUUACAGUGAGGCCAGCACGAGACUCACUUGGAGGUCGGGCACCGCAAGCUCGGUUUUGUUCCCUCCCAAAAAAAUGCCACUUUCACGGGUGUAAUGACAACAGAACAAAGUAACUUUUAAAAUGAGUUUCUUAACAUUUGCCCCCAUGCAGCUGAGAAUUCCCAUCUAUCAUGCUGUUAAGGAUGUGCCUUAAAACGUCGUACGGUUUUUUAUGUUAAUGUAUUUAUUUUAUGAUUGUAACGAUUUAUAGUGUUUACAUUUUUUUAAUUUCGUGUAUU